GGGAAGACGGACGCCGCAAACGCUAUGGAACUUCGUGUCCGAUUCCGCACAGCUAUCAGACGUAGAAUUAUAGCUACAUGGGUCCGUUUGAACUAGUGUCUAAAUACAUAGCCGAGCAGAAAGAGCGCGAGAAGCAUGAAGAGCUCACGCAUAAGCAUGGGAUGAAGCUUUCCAGCAAGUCAGGAUUUCCGCAUGCUUCGAAUUCAAAUUCCAAUUCAGAUUCACCACAAACAAUCUCAUCAACUGCCCCAAAUACACCAAGACCAAAUACACCAUCUCGCAGUGCAUGCAGCACAAGAUUCGCCACUCUCGAUGAAACUGCCCGUCUUCAACAACAAAAGAUCGCAGAGUGGACUGUCAGAAACCUAGCCAACAAAGCUCAAAUCAAGGAGGCUGAGGCUGAAGCUGAGGCCGAGGCAGAAUCCAAGACAGAAGAAUAAAAAGAAACAGAAGCAUCCACAAGCUCCACAGAUAUCUAUUCCGGGGCCCGAUUUCCAGAAUUUCCACAAUUAACCAACCUAGAAUUCCACAACCACACUGACGACCACCCUUUUAAUCCCCGUCAACCGUCCCUCCUUUCCUACCACCCCAACCCCAACACAACCCUCCACCUCGAUCCCCACCAACCAACCAAGCCUCUCCAAAGAGCGACUGCAUAGCACGACGCCUCGCAUUCUACAACUGCAACCGAGAAGGCGCGUUGGCUCACCCACGUCUGGUGAAUGGAGAGAGCGCGAUGGAUCUCGAUGAUUCGGGUGAGGAGUUGUGAUUCGUAGAUGUUAGUAUAUGGAGAUUUCUUUCUUGUUUCGGAUACAUGGAAUAGGUCUUUGCUUUGAGCUGCCACGGUAACUUUCGCUUAAAGGACUUUUGGUGGCUUAGGCUUAAUUGCUAAUUUAUUUCGGUGUUGGUCUUUGAGUUUCAAUUAUUGCAGGAGAGAAUAGUAUCAUACUUGUACUACAAGAUUCUAUUCUAUCAUCCUUGCUCUUUAUUACUGGUAUACUAGCUGAGUAGUAGUUAGCUAUAUAAUAAGGA